AUGCAUGGAGUGAGAAGUCGGUGGAGCUACGACAGUGCAUACACGGUAGAAGAGACGAUCGAUGGCAAGACUUCAAACUGUGUUGCCACCUUAACUUGGGCAGAAGGAUUUGCAUUAUCCUGUCUACUGGCUCUACCCUCAUUGCUGCCACACCGUCACAUCCAAGUCAAUAUGAUUUUCACUGAAUUGGAGCGUGUGUACGAUGCGUGGAGGAGGCGAGAUCAAGUCCAGCGUCAGAAGUCAAUCUUCAAUACACGAAUUCGUACAGCCAUGAAUGAUAUAAGCGCUAAUUUGGAAGCACGAAGAGCCAAGCUCGAAGAAUUAUUCAGACGUGAGAAGGCAGAAAAUAUGGCUACUUGCUCCGCCAAACUUCAUGCAGAAGAGACAGCACGAAAAGAAGCAUUAAUUGCCGAGGCAGCGGUGAUCAAGGAACAAAUCAAAACCAAAAAUGCAGAAGUGGCUGAACGCGAAUAUCAACGACUAAUUCAUUUGUCAAGUGAUGAAUAUCGGCUUUGUAGGCCAAAACUCUAUAAGAGAGACAUCUUAGUGGAUCAGAAGGCCAUAGAUGAAUUCAAGAAGCAGAAGAGAGCAUAUGAAGAGGCACGCGACAAGAUUCUCACUCGGCAGAAUGACGGAAUUAGUUGCAAACUCAUUGAAGCCGAUUCAAUUAGAAUUGGGGAUAAAAAAGCCAUUGAUAAGAAGCACCGAGACCUCCUGCUUCAACAGAUAGCCGAACGAGAAGCAAAACGAAAGCUGGAUGAGGAACUUAAGGCAAAAGAUUCUAAGGAAAUGGAGGAGACAAUGAAAACAGAGGCAGAAUUACAGAAGCAGGAGACUUUACAAAAGACUGAGGCAAAGCAGAGAAUGAGUGCGGAUCUUAAAAAUCAGAUUCAAGCAGUGAAAAUGAGGCUUAAGAAGGAGGAUGACGAAAAUUCGGAAUUUGACAAGGCGAUACUUCAAAACUGGUCGAUAAAGGAAGUACCAAACGCAGACAGAAGGGAACGCCUCAAAGGUCUCAACCGUGAGGCUAAACACUUUCUAGAUUACCAAAAACAGGUUCGUGAUCAUCGUAAGUGCUUGGAGGCCGAAGCAGACAAGCACCGAGUUGAAGCUGCCGAACAGUAUCAUCGCAUACAGCAGGAACGAGAAAAGGCUCGUCGGUGUUUCGUGCAACAGUUGAAUAGGGAGACUUUUGAAGCGCACAAGGCAGCUUUGGAUGAAAAUGCCAAGCUUCGAACAGCAUCCAAGGCGCAGAGACUGGAGGAGGAAAGACAUAAUUUACGUGAGGAUAAACGCCAAGAAGAAGAAAUGAGAAGGGCCUUAGAGACAGCUGCGGAAAUAAAACGCAAGACCUUAAGAGCAUCGCUUAUGGAGCAAUUGGAAGAACGGUGUUUGAGAAGGAAACAAGAAGCUGAAGAGGUUGAGAAGGAGAAGGCGGUUCAGCGACUGGCUGAUGAGGCCUAUCAAAGGAGGAUGAAGAAUUUUGUGUGUGAUGAGAAGAUGUGGGAUGAGUACAGCCUCCAUCCAUGGCGAAGGAUGGGAUUGAAGAGGACUGCCUAA